AUGAGAGGGGCUGAAUGGGCUCUGGCGGCGGUGCUAGGCUUUGCCCUGGUCGCCGUCGUCGACGCCGGCUCGAACUGUUCAGCGGCCGAUGCUACGAAGAACUGCAUUGAUGGGAUGAUGGUGCCCAUAUGGAGACCCUUCCUGGACCUGGAAUUGUCGGAUCGACUACUGCGUGGGAUCAUUUAUUUCUUCGUCAUCGCUUACUGCUUCCUCGGUGUAUCGAUCGUGGCAGAUCGCUUCAUGAGCUCGAUCGAAGUCAUCACCAGUAUGGAACGAACGAUCAUGGUGAAGCGACCCGGGCUAGACCCGAUGCAGGUGCACGUCCGCAUCUGGAACGAUACCGUCUCGAACCUGACGCUGAUGGCCCUUGGCUCUUCUGCGCCCGAGAUUCUUCUCUCUAUUAUCGAGGUGUGUGCCAAGGGCUUCGAGGCCGGUGAUUUGGGCCCAAAUACAAUCGUCGGCUCCGCGGCCUUCAACCUUUUCAUGAUCACCGCUAUUUGUGUUAGUGUCAUCCCCAAAGGAGAGGUCCGCCGUCAAAAACAUCUCGACGUGUUUUUCGUGACGGCCACUUGGUCGAUUUUCGCCUACAUCUGGUUGUACGUCAUCCUGGCUGUUAUCAGCCCCGGCGAGAUCGAGAUCUGGGAGGGGUUGGUCACAUUCGCCUGCUUCCCAUUGACCGUCUUCACCGCAUGGAUUGCUGACAUCAAAAUCAUCCAGCACCGUUUCCUACCUCGUAAAUAUCGACGUGGCUCGCACGCGAUGGUCGCCACGGAGGGCGAAGAGAUGAAGAUGCUUGAGGAUCAAGACCCGGCAGUACGCGCCUUUGAGGAACAUCGACAGGAGUUCAUCGAGCUGAUGCGUGAGAUCAGGAAGCGAAAUCCACAUAUCACCCCGUUGGACUUGCAGAAACAGGCCGAGUAUGAAAUGAUCAGCCGCGGGCCCAAAUCGCGUGCUUUCUACCGCGUCCAGGCGACGCGGCGUCUCGUCGGCGGUGGUGAUCUGGUCAAGAAGCGUCUCGAAAAAGAGCAUAACAAGGCUCUCGAUUCCGCUCAAGAGAAACAUCUCCGCGACAACACCUGCAAAAUCUAUUUCGACCCGGCCCACUACACAGUCCUUGAGAAUGUCGGAACUUUCGAUGUCGUGGUUGGAAAGGACGGCGGCCCCGAGGGAUUGACCGUCAUGGUUGACUACUUCACAGAGGAUGGAUCGGCCAAUGCCGGCUCGGACUACAUCCCCGUCAAGGGUACGCUGACAUUCUACCCAGAAGACAAGCACCAGCGAAUCACGAUCGAGAUCGUUGAUGAUGAUGUAUUCGAAGAGGACGAGCACUUCUACCUUCACUUGAAGAACCUACGCGUGCGCACAAAGGAAGGACUGAUUCUGGACCCUUCGAGCAUCGGCGGGUUGCCGGUUGCUCAGUUGGAGAUGCCAGCCACGGCGACCAUCAUGAUCCUUGAUGAUGACCACGCCGGAGUGUUCUCCUUCGAGCAUGAUCACUUCCAAGUCGUUGAGUCUUGCGGUCAUCUACAGCUGCGCGUGCAGCGUCAUUCCGGGUGCCGCGGGAAAGUCGUGCUGCCGUUCAGGACCAUCGACGGGUCAGCGCGGGGCGACAAAGAUUUCGAAUCGAAAGAGGGCGAAGUCGUUUUUGAAGACAACCAGACCGAGGCAUUCAUCGAGCUCGGCAUCGUCGACAGCGAGCAGUACGAGCGUACCGAUAACUUCUACAUUGAAUUAGGCGCACCGAUUUGGGCGAAGAAGAUGUCAGAUCUCUCGAAGGUGCAAGAGCGCUUCCAACGUCGUAUGCAGAAGAAACGCGCCGCAUCUAAUGGCACCACUGGCACUGACCCAACCGCCGACGACGACGAUAUCAGCGACUGCGCAGAUGAAGCGAUCGCCAUGGGACUGACCGACGAUCAGCUGCAGAUUGCUGAGCUUGGAAAGCCGCGGCUCGGCGACCAUCUCCGCUGUCAAAUCACCAUCAAGGAGAGCAAAGAGUUCCAGGGCAUCAUCGACCGAAUGAUCAAAAACGCGAACACAAAGCUGAUGCUGGGAACGUCUUCGUGGAGGGAACAGUUCAUCGAGGCCCUCUCCGUCGAGGCCGGCGACGAUGAUGACGGAGAUGAGGAAUGUGGGGAUGAAGCUGACGAGAUCAGUGAGAAACAGCCUCCGAGCUGCUUCGACUAUUUCAUGCACUUCCUGACGGUGCCGUGGAAACUGGUGUUUGCCACCAUUCCACCCACUGAUUACUGGGGUGGCUGGGCUUGCUUCGUUGUUGCAAUCGCCAUGAUCGGCGUGUUGACGGCCUUGAUUGGGGAUCUAGCAUCCCAAUUUGGUUGCUGGGUGGGGCUGAAGGAUGCGGUGACUGCCAUCUCCUUCGUCGCGCUGGGCACUUCAGUACCAGAUACGUUCGCCUCAAAGGUGUCCGCAGUACAGGACAAAUACGCUGAUAACUCAAUCGGCAACGUCACCGGCUCUAACGGCGUCAACGUGUUCCUCGGAAUCGGAAUCGCAUGGUCGAUGGCGGCAAUCUAUCAUGCCCUCAAUGGCUCACGCUUCCUUGUCGACCCGGGAAACCUUGGCUUCUCGGUGGCUCUGUUCUGCGUCGAAGCCCUUUUCUGCAUCGCCGUAAUCGUUUUGCGACGCAACAAAUACGUCGGCGGAGAGCUGGGUGGCCCCGUCGUUUUUAGGAUUUUCACCUCGGGUCUUUUCACGUUUCUCUGGCUGUUCUACUUGCUGAUGUCGGCCCUCGAGGCGUACUGCGUGAUCACCGGAUUC